GGAAUUGUUGAAAAAGCCUGAAAAAGGCGAAGAACUCCGGGAAAAAAAACGGUUGAAAAGAUCCUGUAACUUUAAGAAACAGCACAAUAAUGUUUUGUAUCCACAAAUUAAAUGCUGAUUGAUCUUCAAAGGAGAAUGUUUGUAGCUAAGGAGUUUUAUAAGCAUAGAAGGUGUUUUGAACCGUGGUCAGAGUAUUUUACUGAAAUGGGGAGUGAUGUUUUAAAGGAACAAACUAUUCAUUGUGUGGAGAUAAAAUAUUGAACUGCUAAAACAGUGUUUUUGAGAAGUCAUUCUUUUGAAGGUAAUGGAAGUCCCAGAAAUUACUCGUCAAACCGCAUUCAAAUCCAAACCCUGGGGUGCCGCUAGUGCUGUCUACAAUGGCGCUGUCUACAUUGACCACCUGCCCUCUUAUGAGAAAUUGUUCCAGAACAUUUUCCUAAAGAACCAGCUGUGCAUUGUUGGUCCGUCCGCCACCUCGCAGUGGUCCAGUAAAAAGGACUGGGUUUUGAAAGACGGGAGCCCAAAUUUUCACUUCCUGAUGGAGAAAUUUGGUGACGCCACAGCCCCAAUAGCAGACUGCAAUGUAGAAGAGUACUGUGCCCACCCAAAGACAGAGAUGAGCGUUAAAAACUUCCUGCUUUACUGGAUGAAACACAGGUCACAAGGUCACCCAGGCGAUGCCAAAUGUCUGUACCUGAAGGACUGGCACUUCACCAGAUGUUUCCCAUCAUACAAUGCAUAUUCUCCACCUGCCUUCCUCUGUUCUGAUUGGAUGAAUGAAUUCUGGGAUGUCCGGGAUGAUGUGAGUAACCAUGACGACUACAGGUUUGUCUACAUGGGACCAAAGAACUCCUGGACCCCCUUCCAUGCUGACGUCCUGCACUCUUACAGCUGGUCCGCAAACAUCUGCGGCCUCAAGAAAUGGAUCUUCUUUCCUCCAGGUGCUGAAAUAUAUCUGAAAGACAAACACAGGCAGUUGGUAUUUGACCUGCGCAGUGAUGAGUUGGCUGAUGUCGACAAGUACCCAGACGCCUUCAGGGUGCUGGAGGGUGCCAUCACAGUGUUCCAGAACCCAGGGGAAGUUAUCUUCAUACCCAGUGGCUGGUACCAUCAGGUGUUUAACUUGGAAGACACCAUCUCCAUCAACCACAACUGGAUGAAUGGCUGCAGCACUCACCUGACCUGGAGGUUCAUCAAAAGUCGACUGGUCGAUGUUCAGAGAGAGAUAUCUGACUGUAAGGGGGUUGAUGGAUGGGAUGAGCAGUGUCAGAUGAUUCUUAAAGCAGACAGUGGCAUCGAUUACCUCGAGUUCUACAACUUUCUAGCAACCAUAGCAGAACAUCGUUUGGCACCUUUAAAGCAGUACAUCAAAGAUCUCCAUAUGUCCAGAACUGCAGGAUCAAACAAGGCAGCAGACCACGCCAACAGUUUUAUAAAUAACCACACCGCUCCCUAUCACUGUGAUAUUGUAAACAGUCAGAGUACAUGUCCAUCUGGUCAGUGCGGAGACGACCCCUCUGUUGAUUGCAACCAAAAUAAUUUAUCUUACGAUUACCAUUUAGCUGGUAGUAACCAUGACAAAGUCCUAAACACUGCUCAGUUUUGUACCAGUGACACCCCCGCCUCACUGUCACAUCUGGUCUGUGAUGCUAACCGAGGUGAUACUGUUUCCUUGUUGUCUUGCAAUACGUGUAUAAACUUCCCGGGUAAUGAAGAUGGAUCUCUGUGUGAUAGAAUCUCUGAGAACAAAAAAAUAUCUCCGGCUUCUAUUGGCGCCAGAGAUGAUUUUGGUUCAGAAAAUUUUGUUUCGGGCUCCAAUACUUUAGAAAAUAAAUAUUUAAAAUCACAUUUUCUCGAUAAAGUUGAUGAAAGUAGCAAUUCAGGUUUAACAGAUUUAAUGAAUUGUAUGCUAAAAACAAAAAUGAUAGAUACUUUUGAAGAGUUAUGUGUGGAAAGUAAAAAGAGAGUAAUUGCAUAUUCUAAAAGUGAACAAAGUAUGGAUGAAGAUGCUGUUGAUAAUUUUUGUUUCUGUCUUUUAACUGGAAAAAUUAUAUGUUACAAUGAACACAUGCAGCAUUAUAAAAAAGUGCAUAAUUCUUCUAGCUUAAAUGAAAAGACUGAAGAAAAAAAUCUGGAAUUGUCCGUGUUUGAUUCACCUGAUGAUCAUAAGGGUUGCCCACAUUGGGCUCACUGUGGGCCAAAUUUGGCAUUGUUUGAUAUCAGACGUGUUUUUGAGCUAGUGAAAGAUAUGCUGGCCCAGGCUGAGUUCCAGACCAUUUUAAAUACACCGGAGUGUUUUGUCAAGCUGCGUGUCCACCCGUCUGAUUUGAUUAGUCAAAUCAGCGUUGUUCUGGCUCAGUUGCGUCUAGUUGACUAGUGCUUGAAAAAAAAUUGGGCUAAGCUUUAACUUCACUUUCAUAAUAUUUAAGAGUUUUCUGUGUUGAAGCCAUAAUGGUACAAAUUAUGCAACAAGUUUUAUUGUUUAUACUUUUUUUAAAAUCAAAGUUUAUAAAUUUGUUUUUAUUGGGUAAAAUAACUGUUUUUGUAAGUCAUUUUGUAAACAAAAGAUUUACAUAAACAAAUGCAAGUUUUGCAUAUUUAUCUGAAUCCUUCUUUAACAUCAAGUCAUUCAUUGUGAAAAUAUUUAUGUUUGUGUUCAUUUUAUCUCUAAUUGAGAUAUAAAACAUUGGACAGUAGUCUAAUGGAACUCAUUUUUUUCAAUUGGCAUAUCAAUAUCAGUAUUACAUUUUUUAAAAUGAUAAUUUUACUGAAUAAUUUCUAAAGAUAAAUUUUUUUCUUUCAAACUAGUCUCCAGUGAUUUUACUUUGUUAAAAUAUUAAUAUAACUGGCAUUUGUUUGAAGUCAAUUUUUUAAACUAUGAAUUUUAAAAAGCACUUUAUUUAAAAAAUUUUCUUUGGAUUUUUAUUUUGUAGUUGAUUUUUAUAUUUUAUAGUUACUUUGGACUGUUUUUUAUUCCAGUUCUUAAUUU